AUGAAGUACAUUCAUUCAGAGGAGACCUUGUUGGUCCCUGAGGGAGUUACCGUCCACAUCAAGUCGAGAAUCGUCACGGUCGAGGGCCCGCGAGGGAAGCUCACCAAGAACCUGAACCACCUCGCCGUCAGCUUCUCGCAGCCCAAGAAGAAUGUCGUCGGCAUGGAGAUCCACCACGGCGGGCGCAAGAACGUUGCCAGCCUGCGGACGGUGCGGACCCUCAUCAACAACCUGAUCAUCGGCGUCACCAAGGGCUUCAAGUACAAGUUGCGCUACGUCUACGCACAUUUCCCCAUCAACGUCAACAUCGACAAGGACAACGAGACCGGCUUGUACGAGGUCGAGAUCCGUAACUUCAUUGGCGAGAAGAUCGUCCGAAGGGUCGUCAUGCUUCCGGGCGUCGACGUCGAGGUCUCCUCGGCACAGAAGGACGAGCUGAUCCUGUUGGGCAACUCUCUCGAGAACGUUUCACAGAGCGCGGCAGACAUCCAGCAGAUCUGCAAAGUACGAAACAAGGAUAUCCGAAAGUUCUUGGACGGUAUCUACGUCUCGGAGAAGGGCAACAUCGUGGAGGAAUAG